AUGGCCAGAAUUUUAUAUUGGUAUCCGUCAAUUUCGAGCCGGUUCUGGUACUUCACUAUGGGCAGCUCCUUGUAUCCGAGAAUACAUUUGGCAUUGAGCGACGGGAGAAGGUCUUCACAGAAGUCUGGCUCGUACUCUUGCUCCGAAGCAAUGAACACCUCAACGGGCAAUUUACACCCAUUGGUCAAAGGCGGCGACUUUGGCUUGGUCUCCACUAGUAGACUAAACAGAUUCUCUGCGGAGCUAAACAUAAGCGGCUCUGGACUAAGAUUGAUGACGUUGGACCCGUGCGAGCCGUCCACGAUCUUCAGCCUGUUCUUAUGGCUUACCGUGUCUGGUUGGGAAGUCUUGUCCAUGUCGACCUUCCCAACAGCCACGACUGGCGGCGGUUCCUUAUCGACAAUCACCUCAUCAGUAGACUUCGACCGCGACGAGAACAUCAAAAUUAGUUGCACCGUCAGCAGGAGAACCAGCCCUGCGCCGAUCUUGACAAGUCUUUUUCUAUUCAGAUAUAUCGACAUUGGCAAAUAUUCAUAA